AUGGAGGAAGUACAAUCAACUCUGCGGCAGGCUCUGGGAUUUCGGACAGGUGAUAUCAGUCAAGAGCAGGCAUCCCAGCCUUAUGUCGAGUACAUUGAAGCAUCUUGGACUGGUAGAGAGUCUUCAGCGGGACAGACGGCUUCGGCAGACUCGAGCAUUCGAGAAUACUUGAGCAGUCUAACCACGCGCCAAGACCACUAUUACUUCAAAGACACGAUCGCGGAUUCAUCUGCUAGAGAGUCACGGGUCAACGAAACUGUUCUCCUGAUCUUAGGGACUUGGCUGCUCUCACAGUCAUACUUUGUCCCCACCCACCAAGAUCAGCGGCGCAUCGUAUAUGCCUACUGCCGGACUACAGACCAGGACUACUCUGAGCUCAACGCAUUUGACCAGUCUAUCGGCACACUCAUAUCGAAAAGUGGGCUUCUUCCCAACCCUGGAGAAGGGGGGAGCGCUUCCGAUGAUAAUAUCGCGUCAUUGCAAGUCAUCGACGAUAUCGAGAUCUCGGAGGCAUUCCCUUUACAUUCCUAUGCGGAUCUGCUGGAGUCUCUCUCCAUCGCCUCAACGAGACUCAAUGCCACCAACCUCUCAACCUACAGUCACAUCGAGAUCGCAUGGACACAAAAUAUUUCACGGCAUAUGCUCCUGUCAAAAAGAGCCGAGUCUUAUUACCUCGAGAUAUUUGCUCUUCCUUGUGCCCUGCAGGGGGGCGCAGACCAUGUUCUCUCCAACAUGGGAAUAUCCACAGAUCUGAUAGAUGAGAUCGAAUGCUCUUAUGCUACUCUUUUCAACCCAUCAUCAGAGUCGAAGCUGCACAAAACCCUGGCCUGGGUAAUUGGCUUACACCAUUGGUGUCGGUGCCUGUACUGUACGGCAUCCCGCUUCAGGAAGCACACCCUGGAGAUGCUCAAGGGGAUCAAACCUAGACGACGAGGAAGCUCGCAUGCGACUGGCUACAGAAUGACAUACGACGAUCAAAUCCGAGUACUUAUGGAAAGGAACGCCUCGAAGUGGAAUCAAACGGAGUUUAGCAAUCUCUGGCCUCGCAUCCUGGUCCUCGACUCGCACCUGCAACGAGCACGGCCGUGGAAUUUCUGGGUUCUCUUCCGGGACAGGAGGGACACCGUACAAUACUGGACGUUUCUGUAA